AUGCACUGCUCCUCGCGGCUCGCGGUGCUGUGCGCGCUGCCCUGGCUUCUGCGGGCGGCGGCGCCCGGGCGCCUAGCGCAACCCAAGGCUCAGCCCCCCGCGCCGCGCGGGGCUCCACGCGACCCAGCCAGGGGAGCAGAUUUCGAUCGCGUCUACAGCGGGGUGGUGAGUCUCAGCACCGAGAACAUGUACUCCUUCAACUACACCAGCCACCCUGGCCAGGUGAACGCAGUGCGGGUGUAUGUGAACAGUUCCUCCGAGAACCUUGAUUUCCCAGUCCUUGUUGUGGUUCGCCAACAGAAAGAGGUGCUGUCGUGGCAGGUUCCACUGCUCUUCCAAGGACUAUACCAGAGAAGCUACAACUACCAGGAAGUGAGCCGCACCUUAUGUCCCUCAGAAGCUACCAAUGAAACAGGACCUUUGGAACAACUGAUAUUUGUAGACGUAGCAUCCAUGGCACCACGGGGUGCUGAGUACAAACUGCUGGUUACCAAGAUCAAGCACUUUCAGCUCCGGACAAAUGUUGCCUUUCACUUCACUGCCAGCCCCUCUCAACCUCAGUAUUUUCUAUAUAAAUUUCCCAAAGAUGUGGACUCUGUUAUCAUUAAAGUAGUAUCUGAAAUGGCUUACCCAUGUUCUGUUGUCUCCGUCCAGAAUAUCAUGUGCCCUGUGUAUGAUCUCGACCACAAUGUGGAAUUUAAUGGUGUCUAUCAGUCCAUGACCAAGAAAGCUGCCAUCACACUUCAGAAGAAGGAUUUUCCAGGCGAGCAAUUCUUCGUGGUGUUUGUGAUAAAGCCUGAAGAUUAUACCUGUGGAGGAUCUUUCUUCAUCCAGGAAAAGGAGAACCAGACCUGGAAUUUACAACGAACGAAGAACCUUAAAGUGACCAUUGUUCCUUCCAUUAAAGAAUCCGUUUAUGUGAAAUCCAUUCUUCUCAGUUUCCUCAUCUUCUUCUCCCUCUACUUGGGAUGCCUGCUUGUUGCAUUUGUCCAUUAUGUCAGGUUUCAGAGAAAAUCCAUCGAUGGAAGCUUUGGUUCCAAUGAUGGCUCUGGAAAUAUGGCGGUGUCACAUCCCAUUGCUGCCACCACACCUGAAGGGAGCAACUAUGGAGCAAUAGAUGAAUCAAGCUCCAGUCCUGGCCGGCAGAUGUCCUCCUCAGAUGGUGGGCAGCCAUGCCAGUCAGACACCGACAGCUCCGUAGAGGAGAGUGAUUUCGACACCAUGCCAGAUAUUGAGAGUGAUAAAAAUGUCAUCCGGACCAAGAUGUUCCUCUACCUAUCAGAUCUGUCCAGGAAGGACCGGAGAAUUGUCAGCAAGAAAUACAAGAUUUAUUUUUGGAACAUCAUCACCAUUGCUGUGUUUUAUGCACUGCCUGUGAUCCAGCUGGUCAUCACCUACCAGACAGUGGUAAAUGUCACUGGCAACCAGGACAUCUGCUAUUACAACUUCUUGUGUGCUCACCCUUUGGGUGUCCUGAGUGCCUUCAACAACAUUCUCAGUAACCUGGGCCAUGUGCUUCUGGGCUUCCUCUUCCUGCUGAUAGUUUUACGGAGGGAUCUUCUCCACCGAAGGGCCCUAGAAGCUAAAGACAUCUUUGCAAUGGAGUACGGGAUCCCCAAACACUUUGGUCUCUUCUAUGCAAUGGGCAUUGCAUUGAUGAUGGAAGGAGUACUCAGUGCUUGUUACCAUGUCUGCCCUAAUUACUCCAACUUCCAAUUUGACACCUCCUUCAUGUACAUGAUCGCCGGCCUCUGCAUGCUGAAGCUGUACCAGACCCGCCACCCAGACAUCAACGCCAGCGCCUACUCUGCCUAUGCCUCCUUUGCUAUGGUCAUCAUGCUCACUGUCCUUGGAGUGGUUUUUGGGAAAAAUGACAUGUGGUUCUGGGUCAUCUUCUCUGCAAUCCAUAUUCUGGCUUCUCUGGCCCUCAGCACACAGAUCUACUACAUGGGCCGUUUCAAGAUAGAUUUGGGAGUUUUCCGGAGGGCUGCGAUGGUGGUAUACACGGACUGUAUUCAGCAGUGUAGCCGGCCUCUGUACAUGGAUAGAAUGGUGCUGCUCAUUGUUGGGAAUCUGGUUAACUGGUCCUUUGCCCUCUUUGGAUUGAUAUAUCGACCCAGGGACUUUGCUUCCUACAUGCUGGGCAUCUUCAUCUGCAACCUGCUGCUGUACCUGGCCUUCUACAUCAUCAUGAAGCUCCGCAGCUCUGAGAAGGUCCUCCCGGUCCCGCUCUUCUGCAUCAUUGCCACUGCCAUGGUGUGGUCUGCUGCCCUGUACUUUUUCUUCCAGAAUCUCAGCAGUUGGGAGGGAACUCCAGCAGAAUCCCGAGAGAAGAACCAAGAGUGCAUCCUGCUGGAUUUCUUUGAUGACCAUGACAUCUGGCACUUCCUCUCUGCUACUGCCCUGUUUUUCUCAUUCUUGGUUUUGUUAACUCUGGAUGAUGACCUGGAUGUGGUUCGGAGAGACCAGAUCCCAGUCUUCUGA